AAUAGUACGCCUACACACUUGCUCAUAGUACAACAGAAAUUGACAUCAUUUACUUACUAUUUAUUUCCUACUCCGGCUGUGGUGGACUUAUUAUUUGAUUUUUAGUACAAUGGAUUCAGCUUUACGUGAGCAAGUUAUGAUAAAUCAAUUCGUUUUAGCAGCAGGAUGUGCCCGAGAACAAGCAAAACAACUACUUCAAGCGGCACAUUGGCAAUUUGAGACGGCACUAUCAAUAUUCUUCCAAGAGGUUGCAAUACCAGCUGGGGCAAAUGGUGUUGCUGCACCUUUUCGUCAGCAACUGAUGACGCCGUGCAACACGCCGGCGACGCCGCCCAACUUCCCCGACGCGCUGGCCGCGUUCUCGCGGCUGUCCACGACGGGCAGCCCGGCCGGCGCCGGCCCCGGCCCCGGCGCCGCGCCGCCCGUGUCGCCGCUCGCCACGCACCCGCCGCCGCCGCAGGUGCAGAUGCAGAUGAACGCGUUCCCCGGAUCACCCAACUCGCAGAACAAUUAUGCACCACUCUCCUGCUCCACCGCAGUCUGCAGUGAACACAUGCCAAGAUAAAUUGAAAGUAGUAGUUUAGGAGCAUCUAUAAUUUAUUUUUCUAAUGGUGCGCAUUGUGAGCUGUGGAAUUGUGUACGAAAUGUUUACUUUACGAGACUUCCUGCUGCGGUGCGCUCGCGCCAUCGGGGUGUUGUAGUCAAUCAUGUUAAAUAUAUUAUAAAAUAUUGUAUCUUUAUUAUAUACAGUUGUUUCAGAAACAAUAUGCACAAGAACAUCCUAUUUAAUAUUGUGUUACAGUUUUUGGUAAUCAAAAUUUAUACCUGUGAUCCUAAUAUUUUGGUAUUGUACAAUAUAUGAAAUCAUAUUAUAAUUAAUUAUGACUGUAUAAUAGGUAAAACGUUUGAAAUCAAUGUUAAUAUUUUAUUUGGUAAGUGUUAUACUGUCGAACAUUUUUACACAAGUGUAAUCGCUGUUUAGGAAACAUUGGAUACAACAGAAUGUAAGGCCUGGUUUAGACGGCUUGCGAACUCGCAUGCGAUUUUAGUUACAUUGCGGGCUGUUGAGGUUACAUACAAGUCAGCACAGCCAUCAAAUACCGCAAUGUAAUAAAACUCGUAUGCUAGUAAAGUUCUCGUACCGUCUGAAUGGGCCCUAAGGAUUAGACGCAUUUCGCAAAGACAAUACUGAACGCUGUACUCGACAACAAUGCAAUAUGAGAAACUGGGAUGUUAAUACUCGCUUACAACCACCUUCACAGUUAAAGAUAUCUGCAUAAUUCUCAGAUUUGAAAUAAUUUUAUAAGUAGCAUUGUACAAUUUUAGGUUAUAGGUAGCCUGUACAAUUUUAGGUUUCUUAUUAGCAAUUUAUAUGCAUUCAUUACAAUUUUACAUAUUGAUAAUAAAUUUAACAUUACAGAUAGGUUACCUUAUCAGUUCAUCUUUGACUUCUAAUUUCAAAUUGUUAUGCUCAAUUAAUAUUCGUUUUUGGCGAUUGUAUAAUAUACUAUACUACGUAACGUAGUUAUACUUGUAAAUGUUUUAGAUCAUAGCUUUGAAACAGAUCUUAUAAUAAAAUAGGUACUUCCUGUUAAUUCAUAUAAUUUGAUGUCUUAUGUUUAUAAGAUCCAUUCUAAAUUAGUCAAUGUGCUGGACAUCAUGAGUGUAAAAAAAUCUAAGAUUAUCAAUAUUUUCUUUUAUCGAUUAUAAAAGGUACCUAUGUAA